UCUCUCUCUCUCUCUCUUUCUAGAACAAAUUUUUGUUUAUUCGAUAAAUGUGUGUGUGUUUGGUUUUGAGAGGAGUUUUGUGAUUCGAAGUAUUCGAACACCGUCUAUCGAGCACCACCAGUACUAAUCCAGAAACCAGAUUUUGAUCACACUUUUUCGAUGUAGUCCUGUCUCAACUAUCUUCCUCUCUUCUCUGGGGACUCCUGUGGAACACUGCGGAAGGUUAGAAGUGUCUGAGAAACACUGGCCACAUUUGUUCUGUUACUCCGAAACCUGGAGCUGGACCAAUCAUAUCAAGAAAAACAUAGAAGAGGAACAAACGCAUGCGCUUUACCAACAUUUAUCCGUUACUACCUUUCUCUCUCGCACAGAUUUUUGCUAGAAAAAUAUCAGGGCGCUCCAAUUCCAGUGAGAGAUGAUAAUGAAGUCGACAUCGAAUUGAUGUCGAUUCGACGUUGAAAUCAUCAAUAUGUUCUAAGAUAUACACAGCAAGUCAAGCAAUUUUCAAUUUUUCCGUGAAUAAGGUCGGUCGUCAUGGUUACCGCUAUACCGCUUGCAAAUAUAAGCAGCGCUCAGCAGCCAUACACUUGUCAAAUGUACCGUAAAGUCUGACUUAAAGUGCCUCAAGUUACAAUACAGGAGCAAUCACCUGAUUCUUCGACGCAUGUUUUAAUUCUGCGUAAAUAAAGAUGGAUUGGGCCAACGAUCUUGAGAUCACUUCGAAAAAGCUACUACCUCGUCUAGGUAGACGUGCAGGUCAGAAUAGUUUGUUGGAAGAUAAUAAAUCUGAUGACGAUCCUUUGGAGAGUCCUAUUUCCUUAUCAUCCGGAAAGUCUAUAUCUAUGCAAAGACCAAUAGUUCCACCUAGGUCGAGGAAAACCGGCUGGGGCGAUGAAUUAAAAAGUGGCAAAUCAAAGACAACGUCAAACAUCAUUGAACAGGAACGUUUUCGAGUGAUUGAAAAGGAGGAGCAAGAAGAUGAUAUUCCAGUUAUACCAGAUUUGGAUGAAAUUCAGGAAGAUAAUAUCUCAUCUGACAUUGCAAGUGCUCCUACAGUCAACGUAAAUAGAGUGACUGCGUACGAGGAAUUGGAUACUGAUCUGGUAAAAAAUGCUGCGUAUACAUCAUUGGAUGGAGUCAGCCUUUCUCUCCUUGCAGACAAACUGUACAAUGAGAAUUUAGUGAAGGAACCGGACGAAGUUUGGAAUUGGAAUCUUCUUUUUACACAAAUUUCUUCGGAGAUUAAUAGCGAAACGCAGAAAAAGAUCGAGGCUUGACGAAGCAUUUUGUAUUUUGAAAUAAAAACGAAAAUUUCUUACAAAUAUAUAACAACAUUCUCAAUUAUAUCAUUUGUUGAGGUGCGAUAUUAUUUGAAAUUUAAAUCAAUUCUCUCAUAACUUGGAAACAAUCUUAGAGAUUAAUGUAAUCAUU